AUGGCAAAUAUGGAAGUGAUUGAAAAUAUGGCAAUUUGGGAACCAUUACGACUGACACAUAUUAAACCAUCAUUUAAUACUCAAGAAUCAACAUUAGCAUCACGUCAAGAUUUAUGGCAUAAAUUCAUUUUGUUUGGUGUAAGACAAUACAAAGCAACAGAGGUGUUAAAAACUAUUAUUGUUGCUUGUGAUCCUGAAAUUAUAUUGCCUAUUAUGUACAAAGAAGAAAGUUUCAACAAAAGUACUUUUUUGACAAAAUGUAGCUCAAGUGCUAUUGAAAAUCUUGUAAAGCAAGGUUUAUGUGUGACAUUAUCAAAUGGACAAGAAUUACACAUUGAUAUUAUAUUAGGAUAUACAGAUUCUCAGAGUUUACAAUUGAAUCCUAAUAGAAUUAUAGCACAAGCACUUUAUUAUAGAUAUGAACCCACAAAAAAAGUAUUGAAUCUUGAUGACUUUGAAAAUGAGAAAUUAUUAAAUUCUCUAUAUUGUCCCAUAUCUUUACCUAAAGUAUUACACUUUGUUUUAAGGUGUACUAAAAUGGGAAUUCUGAGCAACAAUCGUGAAUCACGUUUACCUGUGAGAGAAUUAAGUCUAAGAUAUAAUCAAAUUACAGGAAUUAUCUUUUUUGAGAAGUUUUUUAAUUAUCAUUUAACCAAAUUAGAUUUACGGCAUAAUCAAAUUGCAGAUGUGGAAUACUUACGCUACUUCAGUGAAUUUAAAAUAAGUGAACUUUGGUUGGAUGGAAAUCCAUUGUGCACAAAAUACAACAAGUGUCAAGAUUAUGUACAAGCAGUAAAAAAUGUUUUUCCUCAUUUACAAAAAUUGGAUGGGAUUGUAAUAGGCAUGGAACAAAAAUUUGUUCCUAAUAUACAAAAUAAUUUUCUAAGAGAUGGUACAAACACUUGUUUAAUCAAACAAUUUGUGAAGCAUUAUUUUAUAUUAUAUGAUCAAGAUGAUAGGCAAGUGAUGAAUGGCUUAUAUGAUAGAGAUGCACUUUAUUCUAUGACUCUAGGACCUGUUUCAAAUUAUGUUCAUAAACAAUUAACUAAAACGUUUGUUACAAAUAGAAAUUUACUUAAAUUUGUAGAUUAUGCUAAAUGUCAAGAGUUUUUAUUACGUGGUCCAGAAAAAAUCAUUUCUACACUCAGAAAUCAACCACCUACAACGCAUCAUUUUAAAUCAUUUCAUGUAGAUUUAUUAUAUGAAGGAGAGAUCCAUCUUGGAAUUUCUGUGCAAGGAAUGUUCUCAUUUAGAGAUAUUCACCAAUGUCCUCCAAUGUUUUUCAACAGAACCUUUAUAAUUAUGAAGAAAGAAGAUAAUGAAUAUUGCAUUACUAAUGAUCAAUGUUACCUUGAUGGAACACCUGCUAAUGGUAAUUUAUCAGGUAACAAUGAAAUAAAAUUUGAAUCAAAAGGUGCUCCAAAGUUCAUUCCAACUGUGUUUAGUGUUUCUGAAAAAGAACAAUUACUUACAUUUUUACGUGAACUGACUACAAUGAACAUGAAAUUUUGUCAUCAGUAUCUUGAAGAUGCCAAUUGGGAUAUUAGGACUGCUAUAACAACAUUUAUGAAUAUGUAUACAGUUAACAAUGUACCACCUGAAGCCUUUCUAUGA